AUGAAUAUGUUCAGAUUAGCCGGUGAUAUGACGCAUUUGCUGAGCAUUUUGGUGCUGCUACUCAAAAUUUACGCCACCAAAUCAUGCGCAGGGAUUUCAUUAAAGACACAGGAGCUGUAUGCUGUUGUUUUCUUGACUCGGUAUUUGGAUUUGUUUACGGAUUACAUUUCCUUGUACAAUACUGUGAUGAAAGUGGUCUUCAUUGUGAGCUCUCUGGCAAUUGUGUAUUGCAUGCGCUAUCAUCGAACUGUAAGGCGCUCAUAUAAUCAUGAUCUUGAUACAUUCCGCCAUUACUUCGUUAUCCUGGGUUGUUUUGUCUUGGCACUCGUGGUUCAUGAGAAAUUCACGAUACAGGAGGUACUCUGGGCAUUUUCCAUUUAUUUGGAGGCAGUGGCAAUCUUACCCCAGUUGGUUCUAUUGCAAAGAAGUGGAAAUGUUGACAACCUAACUGGACAAUAUGUGUUUCUUCUUGGGGCUUAUCGUGGAUUGUACAUCCUGAACUGGAUUUACCGCUACUUCUCAGAGCAGCACUUUGGGCGAUGGAUAGCUUGCGUAUCUGGUCUUGUUCAAACUGCCCUUUAUGCAGAUUUCUUCUAUUACUACUUUCUCAGGUUGGAUAGUGAUUCAAUAAUUUGUGGAAAUGGGUGGUGGGUUUUGAGUGCUGCACUUGGUAUGACCGUUCCUUUCUUUCGUUUCUCCCUGAGGUUCCGAGUGCUGAUAGGAGGAUUCCCUUCAGAGAGAAGUGUGAUUUAUACUGUGGUAUCUCUUUUUAUCUUUCUGGUCUGUAGUCAACUCCCUCUUUAUGGGAUACACACUAACACGGGCGCCGACCCUUUCUAUUGGAUGCGCGCUAUUCUUGCCUCAAGUCGUGGGACUAUAAUGGAGCUGGGAGUUACGCCCAUUGUGACUUCAGGACUUUCUCUUUUCAAUCUCAAAGUUCUUAGAUAUAAAACUCAGAGUCGGUUGCCACUUUUAUCUCUUCGUAGGGCCACUGCAUUGGUUCUUAACGUGAAACCCUUGUCACAUUGUGAGCUUUACCUUAGCAGUCAGCUUUGUGCCACCCAUUUGGCAAACUUAUCCUAUCUAUGUUGCAGAAAUGGCGCCCAGAAGCUGCCAGGCAUCUUGAUUGCUAUUGGAGAAGCUGUUGCUUAUGUGCUGUCAGGAAUGUAUGGCAGCAUUGGUCAACUUGGUGUUGGCAAUGCUAUUCUGAUUAUUGUUCAACUCUGCUUUGCCAGAAUCAUUGUAAUAUGCUUAGAUGAGCUUCUUCAGAAGGGUUAUGGCCUUGGCUCUGGAAUAUCAUUAUGUGUAGCAACCAACAUAUGUGAAAAUAUCAUCUGUAAAGCAUUUAGCCCCACAACUAUUAAUAGUGGUGUGGCGCUGAAUUCGAAGAAUCUUCCAAAUGUCACAGAUCUUCUUGCAACAGUUUUGAUUUUCCUUAUAGUUAUAUAUUUCCAAGGGUUCCGUGUGGUUUUGCCUGUGCGAUCAAAAAAUGCACGUGGACAACAGGGUUCAUACCCUAUCAAGCUGUUUUAUACCUCAAACAUGCCCAUCAUUCUUCAAUCUGCACUUGUAUCAAACCUGUAUUUCAUCUCCCAGUUGCUUCACAGAAAGUUUAGUGGAAAUUUCUUUACUUGGUUAGUUUAUUGGGCAAGUGGAAAAAAUCUGAAUAUUCAGUCAAUCAAUUUCUGUUGGUGGUCUGGCUUAUUACGUGACUGCACCAUCAACUUGGCAGACAUGUAUGGACAUCCCUUCCAUGCUCUAUUUUACUUGCUCUUCAUGCUCACAGCCUGUGCACUAUUCUCACAAACCGGGAUUGAAGUUUCUGGAUCUUCUGCUAGAGAUGUGACCAAACAGCUAAAGGAGCAACAAAUGGUGAUGCCUGGACAUCGUGAAACCAACUUACAGAAAGAAUUGAAUCGUGACAUACCCACUGCAGCGGCCUUUGGGGUAUGUGCAUCGGUGCCUUAA